AUGCUGCAGAUAAGGAUGCUCUCCGGGGAAGCUGUGACGAGCAUAGCCGUGGGGGAGAUAUGCGACGUGCGGGGCUUGAAGCAGCGCCUGAAUCAGCUGCAUGGCUUGCCGCCGCGAUUUAGACAGAGGGUCCUUGCCCAUGCCCGGGAUUUGGAGGAUUCUGUAAGCCUGGAUUCCCCGAUGGAUCUGGCUCUCGUUCUAUUGAGCUUCGCUGAGGUUUCUGAGAGUCAGGUGGAGGACAUGGUAGACGCUGCUCGACGAGGCUGCACUGCCAAGGUUGAGUCGUUGCUUCAUCUGCCCCAAGAUCCAGAUACACACAGCUGGGCAGGCCGCACAGCUUUGACAUCGGCAUCUAGUCAAGGCCAUGUUGAAGUCGUGCGCUUGCUGCUGGAGGCCAGCGCCGACAAGGACUUGGCAAAUGACGAAGGCUUCACCGCUUUGACGCUGGCAUCUGGCGCAGGCCAUGUCCAAAUUGUGCGCUUGCUACUGGAGGCCGGCAGUAACAUGCACUUGCCAGGUGGCGGGGGCUUGACAGCUUUGACGGCAGCAUCUAGACAUGGCCGUGUCGAAGUCGUGGACUUGCUGCUGCAGCACGGCGCCGAUCCGGACUUUACAUAUGACGAAAGGUUCACGGCGUUGCCGAUAGCAUCUAGCGCAGGCCAUGUCGAAGUCGUGCGCUUGCUGUUGCAGGGCGGCGCCGACCCGGAUUUGCCACGUGGCGGAGGCGUGACAGCUUUGAUGGCGGCAUGUAGUCAAGGCUCUGUCGAAAUCGUGGGCUUGCUGCUUGAGGUGGGCGCCAACACUGACUUGGCAGACGAAGAUGGCUUCACAGCUUUGAUGAGGGCAUCUGACAAAGGCCAUGUUGAAAUCGCGCGCUUGUUGGUGGACCAAGAAAAAGCUAAACAGGAUGUGUAG